ACUUUCCAAAACUACUCUUCUACUUUAACAAUAUAGUCACAAGCUUUUUGAAAGAAAAAAAAAACACCUGCAAAUGGACCUGGGAGAAAAUUCUCCUAGUUAUUCAGGACCUCCCUGGUUCUCAUUUCAUAAGAAGAAAAAACUCCCCAAACUAAAGUCCGUUAUGGUUGUGCUCCAAGUCUUGCGUUUACUCAAUAAGUCAAUGAGGCGGCUAUGCAUUGAUCCAGCUGCUGCAGGAGUUGAACCGAAAGUUGACGAGAUUUCAACCGGCCCAAGGAAAGAGCAGGAAAAUUCGAACCCUUGUGAUCAGUGUGGAUCACGGCAUUUAAAAUUAAAGUUUUCAAACAACAUAAAUGGUACAAUUUAUACUGGGCUACCCGUAGGUGGAGAUCGGGGCAGCACCUUAAAUCUAGACUUAGUUGAUUGCCGUACUGAGAAUAUUGUUAAAUCUGAGCCAGAAGCAUCAGCAGAGGUGGAAAUAGUUGUCCUUGAGAAAGAUUGUACAAGUUGUGCUGGUGACAAAUCGCUGAUUCGAGGAGAUCCUCAUGUCAGAUUGAAAGAUGGCACAGUUUCUGUAAGUCAUAUUUCAUUCAAACAUACUAACAAACCUAUGAGCAAACGUGAGUUGAGACUAGGUGCAAGAGCUGUGUAUCCCUACAAUAUUGGAACUAGAAUUAAGGAAGCAGCCACUGAACCAUUCUUCGUGAUGGAUCGUCGUUCCAUGCCUAAGAGCAAGAAGCCUCUACAUCUUGAUGAUCAAGUAUGGAAACUGCAGACGAUUGGCAAAGGCGGUCCUUAUCAUGAUCGUUUAAUGAAGGAAAACAUUAAAACUGUCAGGGACUUGUUAAUUCAAUAUUUUCUGAACCGUGAUAACCUACUAAAAAUCAUCGGCAGGCAUAUGUGCGUUAAGAAAUUGGAUGCAGCAGUUAAUCAGGCAAAGAGUAAACUUGACUUGAAAAGAUACGUGUAUCCUUCUGCCCAUUCCCAGGAAAGUCUACCAGUGGUAUUUAGUGAUGUGGGAGAAUUGCUCGGAAUAUACCAAGAGGGGCAGUUCGUGUCGGUCGAAAAGCUGACUGGACCUCAUAAGGCUUAUGCUAUGGAAUUGGUAAAAACGGCCUUUCAAGAUGGCCAGAAUUUCAAGGUUUUGGAUGAUGAUACUAUUAAACUGCUUUGUUCUUCCUAUUCAUCAAAUGCCGUUUGUCCAAUGGAAGUGGUUGCUCUUGAUGGCUCUAAUGGAUUCUCAUUUGAGGCUUAUUAUCCAGUUGACACACAGCAGGAAUCUAAUGCUAAUAAUUGUAUGCCGGGCACAAGUACAAUCAAUAAUUAUGACUCUACAAGCCAAAUGAAUAGCUUAGAAACUCUUACUGGUGAAGUACCAGAUCCUCUUCUGUAUGACGAUUCCAUCUCCUAUUCUCUCCCUGAAAGCUUCUGGGAUUUUUAUAAUAUUUUUUAAUCUAUUGGUUAAUAUCUUCUAUUUUAUUGUACUAGAGUAAUAUAGAACUGAAAUUUACAAGGAGACUUCAAGAGUUUCAUAUUUAAA